AGUCGGCACCAACUCGCAAUUCCUUCCCCGCAGCAUUGUUUUCCUCUUUCCACGUCGCGCCCUGCUCCUCAUCUCCGCAUCAUAAAAGCCCCCUCACUCCCGCACCCUCAGCUCCCACCACACCACACCACUCACCUCCGCGCACAGUCACACUCCUCCCAACCAACUCCACCAACGCAGCAGCAGAGGCAGCAGGAGCCAUGGCCACGGACGACUCGUCCUCGGGCUCCGAGCCCACCACCUCCUCCUCCGCGGAGGCGCCGGCGUCCCCCACCGCGUCGUCCUCCGACGCCACAGCCGCCAGCAAGAAGCGCCGGCGCAACAAGGACGGGCACCACCCGACGUACCGCGGCGUUCGCAUGCGGGCCUGGGGCAAGUGGGUGUCGGAGAUCCGGGAGCCCCGCAAGAAGUCGCGCAUCUGGCUCGGCACCUUCGCCACCGCCGAGAUGGCUGCGCGAGCCCACGACGUCGCCGCACUCGCCAUCAAGGGCCGCGCCGCGCACCUCAACUUCCCGGAGCUCGCGAACGAGCUCCCCCGCCCGGCCACCGCCGCGCCCAAGGACGUCCAGGCCGCCGCCGCGCUCGCCGCAGCCGCUGACUUCCCGGCGCCCGCCAAUGCCGGCGACAAGGACCCCGACGACGGCCCCGUAGCCAGCGCCGCCUCCCCCACGCCACCGCCGCCGGUCAACGCCGACGACGCCCUGUUCGACCUCCCUGACCUCCUCCUCGACCUCAGACACGGGCCCUCGUCAUGCCAGCUCUCGUGCGCCGCGGCGUGGGACGACGACGUGGGCUUCGCCGGCACCGGUGCCGGAGCCGGCAUGUUCCGCCUCGAGGAGCCGCUGCUGUGGGAGUAUUAAAGCCGAGGUUAAACCGAGCGGCCGGCUUCGAGCUGCUUCGUGUACGUAUGGCUUUGUAAUUCUCGUAUUCUCGUGCUGGACUGGACCAGAAAUCGUGUAACCAUGCAGUGGUGGACCAAAAAUGGAACCUAUUUUAGUGCCAUUUCUCGCUGCGUCUGCGCUCCCAGAUUUAGAAAGCAAGACCAUGUAAGAAUAUUAACCCCGUUCCUUUCA